GUCUAGCUGUCCGUCUGCCUGCCUGCCCGUCUGUCUGUCUGUCCUUCCUUCCAUUCCCCGCCAAACACCAGGACAUCUUUCAUCCCAUUCCACUCAUACCAACAAUCCCCCACACAGCCUCACUGUCUCCUCUUUAGCCCCACUGCUACCUAGCAUACACCUACGGUCCCACAGAUACCAAUCUCCACCAACACUACACAGAUAACACCCAGGGCCAGAGUCUAAUCCAUCUCUCCCUAUCAACAGCAAUACCUAACGGAACUCCUGUCAAUACCAAGCACAUUCCCAUCCUUCCUACCAUCAUGUUCGCCACGACUCUUCGCCAAGCCGCCCUGCGCUCGUCCGCACCUGUCUCUGCUCUCCGCUCUAGCGUCGGCUCCGGUCUUCUCAGGUCUACCGUCGCUGCCCCAAGGCUCGCACCUGCCCAGGACGCAAGGUCGCUCAGCAUCUGGACCCCCACCAUCCCCGACCACAUCCAGCAGAUCGACCACGAGAACCUCCGACAGCAGAACCCAGGACCCGCUCCCCCCGUCGAGAAUGUCGGAGUGGACGCUGUUCUUCGUGAGAAUGUGAACUCGCAAGACAACCACACGACUACAAUCUUCUCCGAGUUCUCCCUCGAGGGCAAGACUGCCGUCAUUUCUGGUGGUAAUGGAGGUCUUGGUCUGGAGAUGGCCCUUGCUUACGUUGAAGCUGGUGCCAACGUAUACGCCAUUGACAUGCCCGAGACUCCCUCUGAGGAGUUCAAGAUUGUUGCCGAGCACUGCAAGGUCAUGAACAGGAACCUUAAGUACAUUCAGGCCACUGUCACUGACGACGACCACCUAAACAAGGUCAUGGAGGCCAUUGUCGAGGAUUCCGGACGAAUGGACAUUUGUGUCGCCGCCGCUGGUAUCCUGCAGACUUACAACGCCCUGGACUACCCUGCCGAGGCUUUCAGGAAGAUGUUCGAUGUCAACACUCUCGGUGUCUUCCUGACUGCCCGAGCUGCUGCCCGCCAGAUGUACAAGCAGCCCGAGAUCCACGGUUCGAUUAUUCUGAUUGCCUCGAUGUCCGGAUCUAUUGUCAACCGAGACCACCACUGGGUAGCCUACAACUCUUCUAAGUCUGCCGUGCUGCAGAUGGGCCGUAACCUUGCAGCAGAGUGGGGACCUCACGAUAUCCGAGUCAACUGCAUCUCGCCCGGACACAUCCGCACCAGGAUGACCUCGGUCUACCUGGACGAGAACCCUCACCUGCUGGCCAAGUGGAGCAACAGCAACCCUCUGGGCCGUAUCGGACGAAGCGCCGAAAUCCGUGGUGUUGCAGUGUGGUUGGCCUCUCCCGCCUCGAGCUUCUGCAACGGAGCGGACAUUACCGUUUCUGGAGGUCACGGUAUUUGGUAAACUUGGACACUGGUCCUGUCAGACAGACAUUCCUACUGUAGUGGAAGGCUUUCCUUUGGCGCUCUCGCUCUCGCAAGGGAAUGCAAUAGAUGGAUUUGGGACCUCAAGCCGUUCUGAGGAGACUCUCUAACAUCCCCCUCACCCUGCCUUGGGUGGGGCAGGCAGAGCACUCCGGCAUGCAAUCCUCUGUCCAAGCAUUUCCCCCCUCCUCGAAGCUUUGUCGCGACAUGUUCCCCCUCCUCUUCU